CUAGCGCCGAUGUGGACUAGGGCUACAACGUCCUGCUAACUUUAGCAUGUUAUGAGUUUUUAGGAGCACACACCAACUAUGUCGUAGCACAACUUUGCCGCUCUGGAUGGUUGAAGUUACAUUAAGUCACAAUGAAACUGUGAGGCUCAUAGCCAUAUCAGUAACUAGUUAACUAGCAAGGUUAGUAACUAGCCUUCUCGUACUCAGUCUUUUUAUUGUAUUGGACAACGUUAGAUACAUCACUAAUGGUCCAUGAGCCAUGGAGGCUCCGUCCUCUCACGUACCUCCGACUGAAGACGGACCGCUGUGGCUGGCGGGCAGGAGAGACUCCAGCGGGAAUGGAGAGCCUGACCCUGCCCGGGACAUCAAAACACACUUUCGCGUUUGUCGUUUCAUCGUGGAGACAGGAGUGAAGCUUGGUAUGCGCUCAGUGCCUGUGGCCACGGCGUGUGUGUUGUACCACCGUUUCUUUGAACGCGUCAGCAUGAGUGCAUAUGAACCCUACUUGGUGGCCAUGAGCUGUGUGUACCUCGCUGGAAAAGUGGAGGAGCAGCACAUCAGGACCCGUGACAUCAUCAACGUAAGCCACAGGUAUUUCAACAGUGGCAGCGCUCCUCUAGAAUGUGACAAGGAGUUCUGGGACCUGAGGGACAGUGUGGUGCAGUGUGAACUCCUCAUCCUCCGACAGCUCAACUUCCACGUCUCCUUUGAACACCCUCACAAGUAUUUACUUCACUACCUGUUGUCUGUGAAGUCACUUGUGAACCGCCAUGCUUGGUCUCGAACCCCUGUUGCUGAGACUUCCUGGGCGUUGCUUAGAGACUGUUACCAUGGAGCCAUGUGCAUCCGUCAUAUACCCCAACACAUCGCCAUAGCAAUACUGUACCUGGCUCUAAACAGCUAUGGAGUGGAGCUGCCUGUUGGAGAGAAAGAGUGGUGGCAGGUGCUCUGUGAGGACGUGACCAAAGCAGACAUUGAUGCUGUGAUCUCGGACCUUCUUCAACUCUACGACAUGGAGGCCAAGUGUAUCUGAAGGACACACCUACAAGACCCACACAUGGAAGACACACAAGAGUGUGUGUGUGUGUGUGUGUGUGAGUGUGUGUGUGUGAGUGUGUGUGUGUGUGUGUGUGUGUGUGUGUGUGUGAGAGAGAGACAGAGAGGAACACUUUGUGUUGCCCCAGUUAGUCUGUGAGCUGUGACAUAAACACACCUGCACUACCGAUUCCUGCCACCCUGGGGAGACACUUCUUUCUUUCUAGUCGCUGAUCUCUCAGGCCUGCAGAAUACUGAUGUUCUCUCAAAUACAUCAUCAGCACCAGGUCUCUGAAACACAUCCCAGACCUUUGCACCAGAAAUCUCUUCACACUCCACACUUACCAAACAACAAAUACCACAGUAUGGAUUUGAUGGGAUGCGAGAGUUCAUCACCUAGGUUUUAUAAAUAAUUCAAUCAAUAAUUCCAACAAAUAGAAAAAAAUGCAUUGGAAUAGGCAUAACAUUUUUCAUUAGGAUACUACUAGUAAUAAAUAUAUAGUUUAGGUUAAGUCUAGAUUGUCUCAUUAGAAGCCAGACCACCUUGCUGCAUGCAACAAGAGAAAUGUGAUUUUCUGUACCAGAUAUCAAUGUACGUUCUCAGUCCUAUGUAAAUGCAUUAAUUGGCUUAAUGACCUCUUCAUAACAAGUGUUGAUAUACCAUGGUGAUUAUAGUGGCAGUUUAAGUGGCUCUUGGUUUAUUAAAAAUUGAGUGUUUUGCAGUGCUGCCAUUCCCAGAGAUCUUUUUUAUGAAUUAGUUAAAAGACAGUUUGUAAUUUUUGGCAGAGGACCAAGCAGAUGUGGUAGCUCACCUAGUAGAGUGUGUGCCCAAUGUGCUAUAGCUGAGCCCCUUCCUCAGUGGUCCACAUUUGAUUCCAAACCAGGGCCCCCUGCUACAUUUCAUCCUCAUGUCUCUCUUCAGCUGUAUAACAGUAAAGGAAAAAUGCACCAAAAGGACAGUUUUGAUUUGGACUUUUUGUUGUUCAGAAUGAACUCUGCAGGACCUGCCUGUUCUGAGGACGAGUCUGGUGAUAUUCUGUAUGUUCUUUCUAUUACUAAAUCCCAUGAAAACAAAGACAAAACCAACAAUGUAUUUACAAUACUUAGAGGUUUACUGUGUAUCAAAACCUGAUAUAUUUUCCUCUGUGCCAUAGAUGUCUGUUGUUGACCAAAAACUAUUAAAUCACAUCAAAACACUGUCGCACUAAAUGACACGUUCCUUCAUUACCAUGAACACACACAAAUGCACUUUUUCCUCCUCUUGAGUCAUGUUUGUUAAGUACAAGAAUGCCCAGC